UGGGCGACUUAUUAUGAAACAUAAUUGCAUGAUGUUCGUGGCUGUUACUGUUAGGGAUAAGGAUGGAUAAGAUCAUGAGAGGGAGUUUUGUGGUAUUCUCGUACUCCAAGCGGAGAAUUCUUUCACUCAAACAAUCCCCUUAACCGUGUGGGUUUCCUCUAUCCUUGAGAGCUUAAUUUUGAUGACUGCCAGGGCCCAGAAUCAUAUAUAUAUUAAUUGCAUCAGUUGUUGAUGAUUUGCACUUGCUUCAGGGUGAUUCUUUAAGCUGCUACAUAACCGAGCUAGACUGGUGGGCUUAAUUGGGAAGUUGCUUGAUGGGAUGGCAGAGACGGAUGAAGUUGCAGAUGUUUCAAUUGAAGUGUCUAACUUAGAUAGAAUUUUAGCCUCUUCCAUCACUAAAAGGCUUUGCCAUGACUCACCGUCCUUAGUAGAGAGUAGCAUUUUCAGAGUCCCCCAGAAACUUCGCCGGCGUAACGAGAAUGUUUAUGAUCCUAACAUAGUCUCCAUUGGCCCUUAUCACCGUGGCACUAAAAGACUAGCCCCCAUGGAAGAGAUAAAAAUGUGGUACCUAGGAUCCCUCCUCGAACGGUUUCCACCACCUCCAGAGGGAACUUUGGAGCACAUUGUUGAAAGUAUUAGAAGGUUACAGAAGCGUGCGCGUGAUCAUUAUGCCGACCCAUUCAGUCUAAACGACGAAAAAUUCAUAGAAAUGAUGGUCGUUGAUGGUUGCUUUCUGAUUGAGCUCUUUCGAAAAGAGGCUUACGUAGUACCAAGACACAGAGAUGACCCCAUAUUUAACACGUCCUGGAUGUAUGAAAAUCUGUAUCAUGACGUGAUUUUGUUGGAAAACCAAAUUCCUUGGUUUAUUCUCCAGCGCUUGUUUGAGCUAACCGACGUAACCGUAGCCGUCAGCGAACAAGAACCCCAUUUUCUAGCGAAGCUUGUUCUCAAAUUCUUUGAGACGAUGAUGUUGACGACAGUGCCAGCUGAAUACAGACCAAAUGAUCGUGAAGUUAAGCAUAUACUUGACUUACUGCACAGCUGCUUACUUUCCACCUCCGGUCGUAGAAGGCCUGAAAACACAAACCUGCAACUCUUUCCUCCGGUGACAGAUCUCUUACAGGCUGGAGUCGUAUUCAAGAAGGGAUCUCCAGACGACAUUUUGAACAUUAAGUUCAGCAAAGGGGUGUUUGAAAUCCCUCCCAUAAAAGUCAGAGGGAAUUCAGAAUCUUUGUUCCGAAAUCUCAUAGCGUAUGAGCAAUGUGACCGCCAUUGCAGGGAUCAGUUCACGUCUUAUGCAGUAUUCCUGGAUUGCCUCAUCAAUACCAGCAAGGAUGCGGACCUGCUCUGCGAUGAAGAGAUUGUUGUGCAUGCUUUGAGUACAGAAGACGUGUCCAAUCUCUUCAACGGGCUGUACAACGACACUCUUAUCUCCGAAUUCUACUAUGGUCGGAUAGCUCAUGAUGUUAACGAGUAUUAUAGAGAUCAAUGGCCCAGAUGGAGAGCGACCUUGAUGCGUGACUAUUUCAGUAAUCCAUGGUCGAUCUCUUCCUUCAUAGCCGCAAUUUUCAUACUCAUUCUCACCUUCAUACAGGCUUUAUUUUCCAUUCUCUCUUAUUAAUCUGGCGGUGCUAUUGGCCGGUGUUUUAGUUGUUGGUGAUUUAUACUUUAACAUGUCUAUUAUUUUUACUUUGAGUAAUGUUACAUUAAUUUACAACCAUUUUACAACCUUAA